CCCACCACCCGUGCGAAACUUUGCGCGCGACACAUUCCGCCUCCUGCGACAGCGUUCAGACGACGACGACUGGUACACCUCGAUUCUUCAGAUUCCGAGCGGUGCACAGCCCAGCGACUUCCAUCCGCAACUAGGUUUCAGCGCUCUCGCGCUCGACGGUACAACGAGUCCGGCGGCCGGGCCCCAACGGGUUUCCUCCUCCUCCUCCUCCUCCUCCUCCACCCAGCCACGCGCGACGACGACAAUAAAACACGACAACACCCUCGAGAAACGCUUCGCAGCCCUCGGGUCCUCGACGGCUUCGGCGGCGGAGAGCUGGGGCGCAUCUUUGAUGACGGGGCGGCGAGCCGAGGCGACGGAGACUCCUGGCUUCCUUCCCGCUCUCCUGGUAAACCAGCACGUGGGCCUUUUUUAACCAACAUCACGAGCGUCGUCGUCGUCGGCGGCGGCGGUGGCGCGCGGCAUCAUGGCCAACCAGUUCAUCGGCCUGCACAUGAAGGUCGUCCUUCGGGCCCCGGCCGGGUAUGCUCUCGCGGGCACGGUGAGGGGCGUGGAGGCAGGCAAUAGCCUGACCCUCACAAACGUCUAUGACUUUGCCACACAGGAGCGGGCGGCACACAUGACCAUCGAUGCAGCAAACAUCGCCGACCUGUCCGAGAUGGCAUACGAGGCCGCCCAGCCCGCGGCUUACACCGCGCCCGCCGUGCCCGAGUCCAAGCCCCUUUCUCCCGCCUCGCAGCUACCGCCCAAGUCGACGUUUGUCGACCCUGCGAUCCUUAGUAUGGCAAGGCGGCCUGCGUCCGGGACACCGAAAGCCUCCAGCAUACAGUAUCAGUCCGACAGGGGCGAGAAGCAGAGCUCAGAUCCGAUGCCCACGUCCCGCACGCACUCGGAACACCAAUAUGGCGGCGCACGGCCAGACCAGAGCAUCCUGAGCUCGUUUCAAGGGCUGACCGUUACCACCCCGUCCAAGGACCAAGGCUCUGGGAAGCCCGGCGAAGCCCCCCGUGAAGCACAAUCCCAGAAGAAAAAGACCCGGGGCCGGAACUCGAGGCAGCCAAAGACGGACCAACAUCUCGAUGGCGUCACGGCCGCGGCGGCAGUGCAAAGCGCACACGGCAAGGGCUGGAGGCAGACGCCCAUCUUGGAGAGCACGGCGUCCUUCCAACCCUUCAACUCACUCAAGCGACAGGGCAAGGGCCGGAAGGGUCAACAGGACAACGGCUGGGCGUCGGAGGAGGUUACGGAGGAGAUGGGAGACUUCGACUUCGAGAACAACCUCGCAAAGUUCGACAAGCGUACCAUUUUCGACCAGAUGCGCAAGGAGGAUCAGGUCGACGACGCCAGCCGCUUGGUCUCGCACAACCGCAAGCCCAAGCCGGGGACGGCCGGCGGCAAGAACCUGCACUACACGGAAAAUGUCUUGGACGUGCCUACGGCCGCAGCUCAUCACGCCGACUUUUGGAACAGCGAGGCGGAUGUCGGGGUGAAUGAGGAGGCGAGGCUCAGUGGCCUUGAGAACAGGAACGGGCAGGGCAGCGGCCGGCGAGCCGACAGCAAAUCCGGGCCGUCUCGUCGGUCGCAGUCACGCAAGGCUAGUGCCGUUGCGGGCAGCCAGCCGCUGAGCCGCGUGAACUCUGCCCAGCAAAUGCACCAGCCGGGGCUUUAUCUGCAGCCGUCGAACCGUCGAGUGGAAGCGAUAUCGACGCUACAAAUGCUGAACCUGGAGAAUAUCGCCGCCAACGAGCUCGGCUUCAGCGAGGCGUUGAUGGCCGAGAAUGCGGGCCGGGGCAUCGCAGAGGUAGCAGUCAACGCGCUCAAGGACCCGGCGAUGAAGGUGCGGUUCGAGCUGGCGGUGGCGAGCUCGGCAGUCGACGCGUCGCUCAGCAGCUCGGCCAUCGUGAUCCUGGCAGGCAACAACAAGUCGGGCAUACGGGCUCUGGCGGCCGGACGGCACCUACGCAACAAGAACCUGGACGUCAUCAUCUGCCUCGUGGGCAUCGAGCGGGAGCGGGACCUGCUAGAGGACCUGCGGCGCCAGAUCCAGCUGUACCGCAACUUUGGCGGCAAGGUCCUAAGCAAGAACGACUUUUUCGAGCACCUGAGGAAGAGCUCGGCGUCCGGCUCGCCGGUGUCUGUCUCGCUCAUCAUCGAUGCGCUGCUCGGCCUGACCAUAUCGUUUGAAGAGCUGCGGAUAGGGGACCAGGCCACGGUGUACGAGCUCAUGGAGUGGGCGAACCGCAACGAGGCGUUUGUGCUGUCGGUGGACGUGCCGACGGGCAUCGACCCGACGACGGGGAAGAUUGCCAUCAUCGACGGGAGCCACCUCUACGUCAAGCCGCGGUACGUGGUGGCGAUAGGGGCGCCGAAGCGGGGACUGCUCGAGAUUGUGACGCCCGCGUCCGAAAACGACGUGGGCGCCGUCAGCACGGCGGCGCAGGAGGACCAGUGGCGGCUGUUCAUCGCCGACAUGGGCCUCGGGCUCGCCGUCUGGCGCAAGGCGGGGACCAAGAUGCGGCGGGGCAUCGACUUUGACGGGCGGUGGGUGCUGGAGAUGCGGUAUCGAGGGGCCGAGCUCAGCUUCGACGAGGACUGACGGGGUAGGUGGGCAAACAAGUUAACCACCCCCCCCUGUUCUCCUUGACUUGGAACAUGGAUAUGGGGAGGGGGGGGGGAUGGCCCAGAAAACGGCAACGGCACAGGAAUGGCAUCAAGUUUGGGCGGCGCGGAGUCCCGGUCGGGAGGCAUGAUUUCGAUGAGCGACCUUGCUGAAAAGGACAAAAUGGGAGGGGACUUGCAUACCUUGGCGUUGGGCUGGCGAUGGCAGCAUCGUCAUGGGAGGGGAUUUCCUCGUAUGAAUGAUGCUUGUACAGUACAGUAAUCAGAGGUAUACGCUUUUUUACUUCUUUUUUUCUUGGUUUGGAA